AGUCGGGAUUCGUCGAUCGCUGUAGACGCGCGUGCGUGAAGUGCUUUCUCUUUUUUUCGGGUGGUGUGGAACGCGAGGUGUGUGGAACACGACUUUUGACCACGAGAAGAAAGCUCCCUGCCGAAUCCUCCGAGAAUCGUUCUUGAUUGUGGAGAAUAGUGAUCGACGAUCACGUUUUGUUCUGAUUGUGAGAAGCGCGUGAGCUCCUUUUUAUUGGUGAGGAGGUGAAUUCGAUUCGCAGUGAGAGGGUGGUGGAGAACACCCGACAGAAACACAGAAGAAGAAAGCGUGGUGAAUAUUCUAAGGUGAAUACAAGAACCAGAACCGCGAAGAACAGCUGAUAAACGUCGCGCUUAAGGCGGCUGGAGUGACAAGUGUGCCCAUGUGAGUGUCUGUGUGUCUGUGAGUUGGGGAUAAUUAGAAUUCUAGCCGCAGGUUUCGUGCUAGAAGCUCCAGGAAUAAGCACCUCGGUAACUGCAAUUCACUGUGCUGUAUUUUUUUAUUGUUUUGCGACGCUGUCACAGCCGCUGAGGAACUGUGUGUUUGUGAGAAGAUAGCGCAGUGUUGAUAGAGCACAGAGCACAUGCAGCGGCCGUGUGAUACCCAGAGUUAGAAGCUGCCAGAGAUGCAAUUUGAUUAAUGAAUAUAAACAGAUCUUCUGAAUAGCGAGCGGUUGUGGAAGUGGCCAGUGCCGGUGCGGAACGCUCCCCUCAGGGGCCCUUUAGAACCUCGUCUCCCCGCGCUCUAGUCGCCCGGAAUCGCAGCCAACAGUGAAGCGGCUUAGCCAGUGAUCGUGCACUGUGUAUCAACGUUGAACGAGAGUGUUGUGGAAGCUUUGCGCUUCUAGAAUAGAAGCUAAUUUGAAUUGAAAAAUGAAACGCAUGGAAUAGCACGUACAAGGUCACUUGCGGAUUUGCAUCAACAGAAGAGAAAAAAAAAGAGUGUUUAACUGCAAACAAGAGUUCUGUUGGCGCGUGCGGAACUCGCGCUGAUAACUGUUAACGUGACGUGCCCGUAGACGCUGCGUGUGAACCAAAUCCAGAACAAGAUUACAGUGCUGAAGCUGAGGGCAGACAGCCCUUACCGGAAGAAGCCAAAUGUUUUUCGAAUUCGACAAGUGUCUACCGUUUUCCUGACAGUGAAAGAAUCGCGACCAGUGUCGCCCUCCCCCCUUCUUUCGGAUCCCUUCCCAAUCCAAUGCACUAAGAAGAGAACCAAGCGAACCCGUCGCGCGAAAGUCGAUUAACUCGCUAGAGCAGCUGAAUCCGGUGCGUGUGUGUGCUACAUGGCCCAAAGUUGAACCGAAAAUUCCAGUUAUUUUGGCGACUGGACGCUCAAGUGAAACAAGUGAAAGCAUUGUGUGGAAACAAUCAUCUCGCUAAAACAGUGAUCGCGCGUGCUUCGCAAAACAGAAGGCGAAGAAUAACUCAUCUAGAGAGACAACUCCUCCCUGCGUCCUGAUCCUGCCGUUCGAUCAAUGAAUAUGGAAUUUCAGCCGCUGCCACCGGUUUCGUCGAUGAACAUCGGUGGCCCACCGACACCUGCCCCGUCCCCGCACAUUCAAAUUAUCCCGAACGGGUCCAGCAAUGGGGGCGGAGGUGGCGGUGGCGGGAACGGGGGAUCGAACUCGGUGGCCAAUCAGCUGCUGAACUCGAUGCCGCCGCCGAUCCUGCCGGUCGGUAUGCCGCUGCAGCAGGUGGUACACAAUCUGCAACAUCUGACCAACGUUAAUGGACUGGCCCAGCAACAUCAACAGCAGCAACAGCAACAACAACAGCAACAGCAUCACCAGCAGCAGCAGCAAGCCCAUCAGGCACUGCUAGGAUCGAACGUCCCCAACGGGCUGAACGGGAUCCACCAGGGACAGAGCCUACCGCCGACGUCACAGCUCCUGCAGGCGAUACAUCACAACACCAGCAAUAACAAUAAUAACAACAAUAAUGUGAUCAACCAGAACAACAACUCGAUCACGCAGUACCAGGUGCAGCAGCUCUGGAGACAUCACGCCUAUCUGAACGGUAAAUCAAGCAAUAACAAAGACAUCUGCGGCGACGACAAACACAAAGAGGAUGGCGACCCGUGGAACGUCGAGGCACAGGCGGCGUUCCUGGGGCCGAACCUGUGGGACAAAACGCUACCCUACGACUCUGAUCUCAAAGUGCACCAGUACGCCGAUCUCGAUGAAUUCCUGUCAGAGAACGGCAUCCCGGUGGACGGCCUCCCCAGCGGACACCUCGGCCACUCGACCAGCCUCACCAGCCGCUCCGACAGCCUGGGUCACUGUGCGGGUCUCUCGCUCGGACUCAGUCAGGUGACGACGAAACGGGAACGCUCACCAUCGCCUACAGACUGCAUGAGCCCGGACACGAUAAACCCACCGUCGCCGGCCGACUCAAUUUUCGAUGUUGCAGCGUUCUCGAUGUCGUCGGCCACGCGUGACUUCGACCCGCGGACACGGGCCUUUUCGGACGAGGAGCUGAAGCCGCAACCGAUGAUCAAGAAAUCCCGCAAGCAGUUCGUCCCGGAUGACAUGAAGGACGACAAGUACUGGGCCCGGCGCCGGAAGAACAACAUGGCGGCCAAGCGGUCCCGCGACGCCCGACGCAUGAAGGAGAAUCAAAUCGCGCUCCGAGCUGGUUACCUGGAAAAAGAGAACAUGAACCUGCACCGAGAAGUGGAACAGCUGAAACAGGAAAACAUGGAACUACGUGCCCGUUUAUCCAAGUACCAAGAGGUAUAAUCGUAACUCAACGUCAUCCCUAGUUUAAUCACGUACCACGUCCAACAUUACAAAAACCACCACCAACAUCCUAAACAAACCAACAAACAAACAAAAAAAAAUGGAAAAAGGCAAAACGACAACAGAGAGAAACAUAAAGUAGAAAACAAAGCGACCCGGAUGAAACAGCGUACUGAGAAACAAAAGAUAACUCACUAGGAAGUCAUCACAGCAACCACCAGUAGCAGCAACGGCAGCAGCAACAGUAGUAGUAGCAACAGCAGCAGCAGCAUCGGCAACCGCGGCAGCAAACAAUAGACAAAAAAGCAAAACAGCAACGAUUUACAAGGCAACUCCAAGUAGCAGCUUCAAGGACGGCGUGCGACGUUGAAUGCAAGAAUGUUCGAACGAGUGCGGACGAGGGAAUGCUAGCGAGAAAGAGAGACAUAUAGUUUUUAGCCAAAUUUAGCGAAACAAUAAGCGAGCAACAAAAGCAACAGCAUCGUUACCAAAAAAGAAAAGCAAGCGGAAACUGGAGAAGAAGAAGAUUCAACCAAGCUUAGAGCAAUUGUACAGUGAAGAUAAAAAAAUCGGAAAACAACUUAUAGAAAUGGUAGUCAAAGGCAACAGUAGCUGAACAAUGGUAGCUGGCGAACUUUGUUUAGAUGCAUCACAGACACAGACACUCACAUAGACACACACAAACACACAUAAGCACUCAAACUGCAAGCCGAUUGCCCCUGAAUGGGUGACAGAAGCUGACGCGAAGCCCGUUGCGUUUCCACGUGUUAGAUUUUUGUUGAAUAAUUUUAGAAGCGAUAGUUUAUUGAAGCAGUGGGGCCUAUUAGGAAAAAAAAUGUAUGUGAAAAUUGUUUUUGUGAAGCAAUCGUACUAUGGUUUUGAGUCAGGGAAGCUACAAAAAUUUACGGCGUUAGGUUUUGUUUUCGUUUGUCACAGCUGGUUCUCUUUUGUUGCGUUUCUCUGGAGUGGUUGGAGCAAUUUAUCGUUGAAAAAAGCUAACACAAAACGUACCCAUCGAACGGAGACUGGGUGAGGUGACGAGUCGUUUUUUUAAUUAAUUUCUAAGAAAACGUCCGAUCGCGCAGCCAUGUUUGUGCGAUCGACGACAGAUGGAACCAUCAUCUACACAUAGUAAUAGCUGUAUAGUUUUUUUUUUUUGGAAGUGGUCUUUUCCCAUUUUAAAAAGGGGAAAAUUGAAAGUGUUUUUUUCUUUCGUUUGUUUUAAGACUAACAGGAUACACACAUUAUAGGAAAUGAUUCGAAAUCACAACCAUCCCGGGAAGUUUGCAAUCGAUCAACUGACGUACUGUUUUUUGUUUGAAGUUUUUCUCAUUUCUUCGUGACCUCUGUUUUUGCACUGAGUCUCUUGUUUCGACAGGCAGGUGGCAGUGCGUUCCAAAAAGAGCGAGUAAAACGUUUGAAGCGUUAGUUCACGUUGAUUCUACUUAAUUUGUCUUAUCCAAUUUUGAAGAAAAAAUGUCAAUUCUGUUGAUUGUGAGAAUUUGUGGUUUUGAAGAAGGGCUGUGAAUUCAUUGAGAUGGUUGAGAUAAUUCUACUCAUACGAUUGUUGAAACCGCAAUUAUGGUUGGAAACCAUCUUCAGAGCAGCUAAUCCAUAUUUUGAAAAGAAAAUGGUCGCGCAGUGUCCUUCUUGCCUAGUCGGAUUAUUUCGAACUUGAGAGAAAAGACGUAAGAAAUGGGAAAAUCAUGUAAAAAUUAUAACUUUAAUCAAGCAAACUUGUAAUUGAAUGAAAUUAUACUUGUAAAUAGUCUGUAAUGUUAAGAAAAGCAAAGAAAAGCAACAAAUAGAGAAACGAACGUAUAUUUACACACAACACACUCACAUCUACUUGCUUGAACGGAAUUGGACUCGCCCGUGAGAAAAUAAAAUUGAACAAAGUUUUAAAGAAGCUAAAGCUGUCUAAAGCACUUCGCAUGGAAUGGUUUGAAAAAAUUAACACUUUAAUUUAAAUAAUUUAUUCAUCAGAAUCAGCUGUACAUCUUUCGUGGUUUCUCCAUUCAACGCCGGGAAUGGCUAUCUUCCGGCAAAGUUUAGCUUUAUCCACCGCAGCCUUCAAAAAACUAUAUCAUUUACUCAUCAAAACUUCACAUAGCAAAACCUCAAUCCUUCAAACAAGAGUAAACGAUGAAAUUAGCAAAAAAACAAAGUAACCUAUGUAGAAAGCGUCGCAGACAGUCACCAUGGUGACACGCAAAAUAUGAAACUUUGCACGGAAUAAGCGAGUAAGCUGUAGAACAAGAGAAAGCGAUAGGAAGUAAACCAAGAAAAUCGUUAAUCAAUUGAAAGAUUAUUAAGCAAACAAGCAAAACAUAUUAGUCUGAUUCAAAAACUGUAGUGAUAGUACCAAGAUUGAAACAAUGAGAGAAAACACGUAGUUGAUAAUGAGAGGUUAAGAAAACAAAAAGGCAAAAGAAACAAUAUUAUUAGUGAUUAGUGAACAAAGAAGAGAAAGAAUCCCCAAUUAAAAAAAAAACCUUAUGACUUGAAUGUGAAGCAAGUUUAGAAAACCCCCCACUUAAAACAAUGUGUAAAAAGUAUAAUAUAACAAGCGAAAUAUGAGUUAGGAGAGAGAGAGAGCGAGAGAACGAGAGAAUCCCGCGUCCUUAUUUUAAAUUGUAUCCAAUCGUGGAUUUAAACAACCCUGAAAAGAUGUUAGUCCCCAUCAAAACUGACUUUGUGUAAACUCGAUAGGAAAAUGAUGUUACCGGUAAAAUUUACCUUAGUAGUUUGUAUAGUUAAAAUACCAUUUGCAGCAGCAACCCAUCCCACUCAUGGGCUCCCACAUCUGGCAUGGAAAUGCGGAAACCGCCUCAUAUUUGUUUUAUUGCGUUCGUUAGUAGUUCCCUCGAGAACCAUUGAGUUUUUGUUUGUAUUUGUUAAUCUUGUCUAGAGGAGCCAAAUUCUGUACACUUGCACCUAGUUAUCCGUACACAUACAGUUGCACACUCACACUCACUCGUACACAAUAAAUCGAUCAAAAAAUUGUUCCACGCGAAGCUAUUUCUUUUGAAGAAUCGAGCGUCUUAUUUUCCUCUCUUAAACCUCACACUAUUUUCUCAGCUGCUUUCCUCUUCUUCUUCUUCUGUCGUUUCCAUCCUACUUUCGGAAUAUUUAGAGCGUUAUUUUGGAAUACUUAAAUUCUCGAUUUACUGUUUCUCCGUACUUUUCCAUCUUGCUGCCAAUUAGUAGAAAAAUCUUAAAAUUUCUUGGUCAUAAUCUGUUCUCUCAAUGACCUACUAUUAAGCUGUACACACAUCUACGCAAACCGCUUAGAUCGCCCAUCGGAAUUCGAAUCGAAGUGAAAGAGUCAAAAUUUGUCCGAACCGUUGAUUGAAAUGAAACAUCUCAAUUUGGGAAGUGAAAAAAGUACCACCAUUGUAGAGUACCCUUAACUAU